AUGGAUCUUCCUAUAGUAAAUUAUUUGAAGGAGGAAUAUGUAGAGACAAAUUCUGGCAAUAAAAUAUGUAAGGUUCACUCCACUAAAGACAGCACUAUCUGUGGGACGCAAAACAUAGUCCUGAAUGGGAAGAACAUUGUUCAAAAAGAUGUCAUAAUUCGAGGUGAUCUGGCCGCUAUUAGGAGUGGACGCUUCUGUAUUAUUCGAAAAGGAACGCUGAUAAGGCCAAGCUCGAAGAAGUUCAGCAAAGGAGUCACACUGUUCCCAGUUCACAUCGGAGAUCACGUCAUGAUCGAAGAGGACUGUGUGAUUAGCGCAGCGCAAAUAUGCUCAUUUGUGCACAUUGGCGCUGGAUCAGUGAUAGGUGGCAGUGCUGUAUUGAAAGAGUGCUGCCGAGUCCUCCCAGGAAGUGUAGUUGCCGCUGACUCAGUCUUCCCACCGUACAGCACGAUAGCUGGGAAUCCAGCUCGUGUUAUCGGUCAAGAACCAGAAUGUACGGAAGAUUUGAUGACCGAAGCGACAAAACAGUACUACGACAAUUUCCAACCUUCAAACAUGCCGAAGGCAUCUUUUGCUUAA